AUGGAAACAACGAUACCCGAAAGCAUGAACGCACUACAAUUGACCAAGACGGGUCCUGCUGAAAGCUGUAUGGAAUAUACCAAAGUCUCUACACCCACCUUAAAGCGCAAGGAUGAUAUUCUUGUUCGUAUCAAGGCCACUGGCAUCAAUCCUGUCGAGGCCAAAUUUAGAGCAGGCAAUGUGGGCUACUUUCCUUUAUCAUUCCCAUGCGUCUUUGGAUGUGAUUAUGCUGGUAUCGUAGCAGCCGUUGGUAGCAGUGUCACUGAUUUCCAAGUGGGUGAUGCUGUUUAUGGCUCGUUGCAAUAUCCAUUUGGUUCGGCAGGCACCUAUGCAGAAUAUACAAUCGUCUCGCCUACCAAGGAUGCCAUUGUCAAAAAGCCCGACACCAUUUCAUUUGAGGAAGCCGCAGCAACUGGCAUUGCAGCCAACACGGCUUAUCAAGGCAUUAUUGUGGAUGGAAAUCUUCCCAAAACGGGUCCUAAAAAGAUCCUUGUAGUAGGUGCAUCAGGAGGCGUUGGCACCUAUGGUAUUCAAAUUGCCAAGGCCAUUGGUGCUGAAACAGUGGGUAUCUGUAGUGGUAAAAAUGCAGCUUUCGUAAAAAGUCUAGGAGCGGAUCGCGUUGUGGAUUAUACAUCCGAGGAAGCCAUUGCUGCAUUAGCACGCGAAACAGAGACAUUUGACGUCAUUUUGGAUUGUGUGGGUGGUGAUGGCUAUUACUACAAGUUGGUGCGUACGUUGAAAAAACAAGGCGUGUAUUCCACAGCGGUGGGUCCAUCGAUGCAUGUGGGUGCCGAAAAGGUGGGAUUGCUGAGCGGCGUCAAAAUGGCAUUGGCGGUAGCCAACCACAAGCUCUUUGGUGAUCGCAAUUAUUCGGUUGUGCUGAAUUUGCCCUGGGUACGCUUUCCACAUGAUUUACGACCGUUCCUGGAAAAUGGGUCCGUCAAAAGUGUCAUCAUGGAGGAAAAUAUCUUUCCACUCAAGGAUGGUGCAAAGGCUCACUUGAAACUCGAAUCUCAUCGCACUGUGGGCAAGAUUGUCCUUGUCAUGUAA